CAAGCGUAAGGCAGCUGGCAGCAAUGCUGGAGGAAAGAGGAAGGGCGGCUGGAGCGGCUGGAGGCCAUCGCCAGGAAGUUGCAGAGAAUCCACCUGUUGCAGAUUAUCCUGCGAGCUACCAACAAGUCUCUUUGGGAGGGAUGGCUGCAAUGAGUGCUGAUGCUUCACGCGCGCUCAACCUGACGUUCUGCUGCCAUGUCAGAGGUUGUUUAGACGUUGAACGUCUUCAUCAAGCCUUUGUGGCUGUCCAGCUGCGGCAUGACGCGUUACGCUCUACUUUUCGGGAUUCAGCUCUUUGCCAGGUGCAGUCAGGUGACUGCUUGGAUUUCUUAUUCAUGGAUCCACCAGCAGAUUUGGCCGAAUGGGUCUUGGACCAACAAUAUGAACCUUUCGAUUUAUGCAAUGGACCUCUUUGCCGAGUCAGAGUCAUCAAAGAAUCCAGUGACGCAUGGAUUUUGCAUUGGACCUUGCACCAUGUUGCUGCUGAUCUUUGGAGCUAUACCUUACUGCUGCGAGAUUUGGGCUUCGCUUAUGACCAGCUGAAAGGGCGUUCAAACGCCACCGCAGACGUCCAAUGGCCCACUGUGGCGCCCUCCUAUGGUGCUUUAAGUCGAGCGAGUGCAGCGGCUCGUGACGCCAACUCCACGGCCAAGGACUUUUGGCGACGAAGACUUUCGCCCAGACCGCCGUCCCGACGCUUACUCCCCUUGGCCGAAGAGAGCUGGAAGCAAAGCGUCAAAAGUGCCAAGCAAAGCGAUGGCGAUGAACAAAGGAAAGCGAAAACGCCAAGUCGAAGUUUCAAAGGAAGCAAGGUGGACUUUGAAUUGAGUCGGCACCUUUCGGAGAAACUCAUCAAGUUGGGUGAAGAAUGUGAAGCUUCACUUCAUGCCAUUUUAUUAGCAGCUUGGAUGGUACUUCUUUCUCGAUAUGCUGAGGAAGACAUGGAGGACAUGUGUAUUGGAACUCCUUUGGCAUGUCGCAACACCUUGGAGUCCGAGAGUUGCGUGGGUUAUUUUGUCACGCCCGUGUGCAUUCGUGCGUCCGUCCGAAAGGGCACCUCCUUUCGUCACUUUCUAAGUCAGAUUUGCCAAGAGACGCGACAGGCCUUGCAAUUCCAAGAUCCAAAUGCCUUCGGCGAAAUCUGUGAAGAACUCAAUUUGGAUCUUAGAGACGUUUUGCAAGCCAUCUUCGUUUUUCAAUCCACUCCAGAUUCGUUCACCUUCUCCACACAGUUGCCCUCCUUUUUCAUGGGGCACGAGGGCUCGGAAGUUCCGUUGGGCUCUGAAUUGCACUUGGAAUCCAUGGCACUUGGGCAGCGCUAUGUACAAUUUGACUUGGCUAUGAUGAUGGCUUUCUGUGAUUCUGGAUCUCCAUGCCUCAUCGGGAAUUUGCAGUAUUGCUUCACCUCAUAUUCUCGUGAGACUGUUUUGCGUUUGCAGGCAGAAUACCAGCGUCUCUUGGAACGUAUCGUGGCAGAACCCUCCUGCGAUGUUGCACAAAUCCAGUUUGUUCAUCCCGAAGAUUUGCCUAGCUUUAAUCAGUCUUGGAAGGCGCAGCCAAGACAGCAGCGCAACACAAAGCAACAGGAUGAAUUUCUCAUCAAGGCCAAGGCAGAAGUUUGGGAUUUGCAGCUACAGCGUGCCCAAGAAGAAGCAGGGCAGGAGAUCCAGCGCUAUGAGGACUACAAGAAUGUCAGCGCAGUGAGCGCCGUGGGGGAGCAACAUGGGGCACUUCCUUCAGAAUCUUUGGCUGAGCUGGUGGUGCAGCGAGCAAGGCAAAAUCCAACUGCGUUUGCGGUUGUGAGCCCUGAAGGCACUUUUACUUUUGGUGAAGUUUUACGCCGGGCAGAGCUUUUAGCUACUUGUUUGUUGGAACAUGCGCAGCCGAUCUACGUUGACAACCGAAGCCGCAGUGCCAGUGGGGCGAGUCGAUCGGGCUCUGCCGAAUUUGGCGCUGUUGGCUCUGUGGCCCCAUGGUUGGGGAGCAUCGGCGGAAAGCGCCCCACAGGCCCGGGCCACGCACCUGCCUCUGCCUUUCCUUCACCUUUGCUCGAAGAGUUGGCAUGCCAUUCGUCAGAUGUGGAAAGUGGAGGAACCUUGGGAGCUUCAGAUUUGGUGGCUUUGAUGGUGGGCCCAGGGCUGUGGAUGAUCGCGGGUCCUUUAGGCGCUUGGAUGGCAGGAAGUGGAUACUUUGCUUUGGAUGCGUCCCAUCCGUUGGAAAGGAUUUUGCAAAUGACUGAAGAUGCUGCACCGGGGCCCAACUGCGAGAUUUGGCCGGCCAUCCUGGCGGGUGCAACGGUGGUCAUCAGCAAACAACAUGGUUCCAAGGAUUUCCAAUAUAUUUCAGCCCUGGUCGAUGAGCACCGCGUGAGCCACGCUCUGUUUGUGCCAUCUUUGCUCGCAGAGAUCCUGGAAUCUUCCGCCUUGCCACGAAGUCUUCGAUCUUUGGUGGUUGUUGGUGAGGCCUGCUCCUUAAGAUUGGCGCACCGGAUCCUUGAGGCUCCUUUGUCUCUGAACAAUUUCUAUGGACCUUCUGAAGCCGGCAUCGGUGCGACUAUCUAUGAGGUGGACAAGAUCAGUACAGUUCCUCACAAUGUGCAAACGCUGCCGAUUGGGAGACCAGUGUCCUGGCAUCAGGUGCUGCUGCUGGAUCCUCAGCUACGUCCGGCAGUUGGCCGGGCAGGGCAGAUUGGCAUCAUGGGUGAGGGCCUGGCAAGUGGAUACUUGCAUUUGCCAGAAGAGACCAAAGCCAAGUUCAUCCAGACGCCCCAGGCAAUCCGAGAUGUUUUCCCUCAGUGUGGCUCCAGAUUGUAUCUUACGGGUGACGUUGGUCGCUAUUGCCAGGAUGACCUCCUGGAGUUUGUCGGGCGGCUUGACAACCAGGUGAAGCUGCGAGGGCAACGAGUGGAACUCGGUGAGGUGGAGGAAACCUUGCUGUCCGCGCCGGCAGUGACCGAGGCCGUGGCAAUUGUUCAUUCGGACCGCCUAAUUGGUUACGUCUCACUUCUCCAGGGAGUCGAGGAAGGUGAAGCUGCACGGCAAUGCGUGGAGAAAACACGCCAGCGAUUGCCCAGGUACAUGUGGCCAGAGCUCGUGGUGGUGAAAGAGUGGCCAAGAGGGCGCACGGGCAAGGUGGAUCGAAAAGCCCUGCCAGUGCCAACUGUUUGUGUCCAGGACACGAUUGCACCAAGGACUCCCUUGGAGAAGAAGCUCCUCGAGGCCAUUUGCCAGGUGCUUCGACGCAACCUCGAUUGUACCUCAGUGCAUGCGGAUUUUUUUGCGUUGGGUGGCACUUCCUUGAAGGCUGCAAGUUUGCUAUCAGCACUACGGGCACAGGUUCCUGAGGCAUCGUCGUUGCAAUUCGACGAAGUUUAUGCGCAUCCGUCGGCCUCCACCUUGGCACAGCUCUUGUCAAGCGCCCGGGAGGUCAUGCCAAUGCGUGGUCCUGCACCUGUAGAAGGUUUGAUGCCUGCAUCCCUUGGCCAAGAGCAUAUGUUGGUACUUCAUGAACUUCAACCAGGGAGUUCUGCCUACAACUCACCUCUUCUCCUGAGGUUAGAAGGCCACCUUGACCGGGCUGCCUUUGCCACGGCCAUCGAGCGGGUCAUCGCAAGACAUGAUGUCCUUCGAAGCAACUUGUUGCGGGACUUCAUCGAUGGCGAACCUGCUGUUGUUCAGGCUGUGUGUCUUCAGUUUCCAGCUGCUUUGGCCAAUCGCCUUCGGAGCUUGGCUCGGGCCAAGGGCGCCACUCUCUUCACGGUGCUUCUAGGUCUUUUCGCGGUAGUUUUGGGACGCUAUGGUGGCGCUUUAGACUUGGCCAUUGCCUCUCCCGUGGCCAAUCGUCAUGGGCCUGCUGUGGAGCAGUUGAUUGGAUACUUCGUGAACGCAGUGAUAUUCCGAGUCAGCCUGCAAAAGGCUUCGUUUGAGGAGCUGUUGAUGCGUUUGAGGGAUGUCGUGCUGGGCGCCUUUAAACAUGCGUCAGUGCCAUACGCAGUGGUCCUCGAGGCAGCACAGCUGGAUGCCGCAGCCAUUCCUGCCAUGUUUGUUUUGCAGGACAAAGAUGAGAUGUCUUGGAGUAUGGAGGGCCUGCGUGUGGAGCAAGUUGAGUUGGAGCGAACUGCAGCUUUAUUCGACGUCACCUGCGAGAUGCAGGAAAUGCCUGGCACGAGUGGCGGCCUACAGGGUUUCAUCGUCUACAACAAACACCUUUGGACCUUACAACGAGCAGAGCGAUUUGCACAAGCUUUUCAGGCGCUGGCUACUGCCAUCGCUGAAGAACCAGCUGCCGAUCUCCUUACCCUACCAGUCACCUCUACCAGCGAGCGCACAUGUAUCUUGGAAUGGGGAGGCCAUAACAAGCCAUCCAUUUCACCGACGCCUUUGAUCAAGACUUUCCAGAUGCAGUUGCUUCAAUGUCGGCACGAACCUGCGAUUCUGGUUGAUGACCGCACGGUGACCUAUGAAGAGUUCGGUACACAAGUCACUGCUCUUGCAGCAGCCUUAAAGUUGAAGCUCGGCCAAGCGUUUGGCGAGUCCUUGCUGGUGGGUUUGUUGCUGGCCCGCUCGGUGGACCUGGCCGUGGCCAUAUGGGCUACUCUUGGUGCAGGAGCUGCCUAUGUACCGAUUGAUCCAGAAUAUCCUUUGGAACGCAUUAAGCAUAUUUUGGAGAAUGCCCAACCCAAGUUGGUGAUGUGCAGGGAGGCUCAACGGCAUUUCUGUGGCAACCUGGAGGUUUGGAGCACCCAAGAAUGGCCGAUUUCGAGUUCGAUCUCUGUGGAGCACAUUGAGCAAGCUCCACCUUUGCACCUGGCAUACGUGAUUUAUACCUCUGGAUCAACUGGGAAACCCAAAGGAGUGGCAGUCGAGCAUCGCGCAGCAGCUAACAUGGCCCGGGAGCAGAUAGCUUUGAUGAAGAUUUCGAGAGAAGAUCGCGCGCUGCAGUUCUUCAAGCCGGCCUUUGACGGAGCAGUGCAAGAAUAUUUAAGUACUUUCUGCGCAGGUGCGUGUCUUGUGCUUUGGGGCGAAGAUACCGGCUUUGCUCAGGCCCUGAAAACCUUCGGUGUCACUUGUGCAACAUUGACGCCUUCGGCGCUCUCUGUGCUGUCGCCCCUGCAGCUGCCGAAGCUGCAGAAGCUGGCUGUGGCCGCUGAGUCAUGUCCACCUAGCUUGGUGGACACAUGGGCCCGUGGCCGGCACUUGGUGAAUGCUUAUGGUCCAUCGGAGAACACUGUGGUCUCCACUUGGGCUGAGCUUGAUGGAAGGGAGCUGAGCAGGCUGAGUUCCUUCAUCAUCGAAGUGGAAGGUGGAGCCGAUGACAUUGAUCGACGAAGUUCCCUUUCGGAAGGGAGGGAACGAGCGACGCAACAUGUGCCCAUCGGUCGGCCUGUGAUGGGUGUUCAAUGUUAUGUCUUUGAAGCCACGAGGUGUAAAGCACUGCAACCAAUUGGGGCACCCGGAGAGCUUUGCCUAGGAGGUGAUCAAUUGGCGCGUGGCUACUACCGAGAUCCCGUCAGAACCGCUGAAAAGUUUGUACCCAACCCUUUGAACGGCAAAAGGAUGUACAAGACUGGAGACUUGGUCAUGUGGCUGCCUUCCAGUGAGUUGCUCUACUUGGGCCGGAACGAUGAAAUGGUCAAGGUUCGUGGUUUCCGAAUCGAGCUGACAGAGGUGGAGGCGGCCUUGGGGGCCCUGGGCGCGCAGGCAGAAAGACAUGGGAGCUUAUCGCAAUUUGGAAAACAAAAUCCCUAUUCUCAGUAG